UUCCCUAUUCAUUCAUUUACUCGUUCUUUGCGCCGAAAAUCCGAAAAAAGAAAUUGUUCUUUUUUAUGAUUAUGACGAUGAUGACGGCGACUGUGGAGUCGCCACCUGCCGCCGCCUCCCUGGAUUUCGCGGGUAAUCUGCACUUACUCGCGGAUGUGGCCAUAGCGCAAGAUGAGGCGGAGAAGGCCGCCGCUCUUGACAGGGAAAUUCUGUCCCUCCGCCGCGUGGGCGUGGCCGCCGCCAAGCUCGCACGGGAAAAGAGGGUUUUGGACAAGUUUAUGGGAGACAUCAAGAAGAAAGAUUACCUGAAGUUGGCCGCCUCUGUCAUGCCCUGGACCCCACUUCCCGCGGCGGGCCACAAGAGGAAGAGAGAAACAUCAUCACAUUCCCCGGAGCCCAUAAUCAUUAAUCGAAAAGAAGAAGAAGAAGAAGAAGAGAAACAAGCGGAGAAGAAGAAGAAGAAAUUGAUCAUCAAGAUAAAGACUCCUUCCUCGGCAAACAAUGAUAGCAGCCCAAAACAGAGCACAAAACAGAGGGUUGAUGAUAUCUUUGUCCAUCAUCAAGGCCCGGCCACGGGCAUGCCGGAGAGAUUCAAGAAUAAGAUCCGGGAGCUAGCGGGGCCGGACGCGAUAAUUGCAGAGGAGAAGCUUCUGAUAGAAAAGGCGCUGACGGAAAGCGACACAAAGUUACUACAGGGGAGGCUGACCAUGCCGGAGAGGAGCAUGGCGGAGAGGGAGUUUCUGAGGGAGGAUGAGAAGCGGCUGGUGCGGCUGAAGGUGGGGAACAGACUGGAGGGGAUCGAUGCGACGCUGAUCGACCCGUUGCUGGGGAGGUGGGGGGUGAAGUUGAGGAGGUGGAAUAUGGAGAAAGGGGUGGGGAAGCGGAGCAGCGUGUCGUACGCCAUCAACGAUGGUUGGAACAAGGUACUGAAGGCACUCCACUGGGAAGAUAAGAAAGGGGACGGGAUCGUCGUUCAAGUGUGGAGCAUUCGCGUCAAUGGACGCCUUUGGGUCGCAGUCGCCAGGCCAUAGCUUUGUUUUUAGUCUGAUCAUACUGGACGACGAGGAAGACGACGACGAAGACCAAACACAGCCAUUCAUUCAUUCAGUCGUUUAUGCUUUGAUAUGACCCUUUAAUUUGUGUGGUUUAAUUUAAAUUGCAGAAACUUUGUUACUGUUGAAUUUGCCACGGUUCAUCAGACCGUAUAUGCCUGCAGAUGAAUUGUAGGGAUUAUUAAUUAAUGUGAUCAUGGGCUUGAUGGCACUGCAUGCAGUUUUAGUAUUGAUUGCAAUUAGCUAGAUUUGGCCUGCAAUAAUAAAUGUCAUCUGUGUUG